GUGAAUAUGGAGUGUUUCUAGCCUAUCCACGUAGGAUAAUAUAUUAGACCAAUCAGAACAUUUUAUUCUGCCACGUGAGCACUUCUUAUGUCGACUAAAGAACCUUUAGUCAAUACUGCAAAUCCGUUGGAAUUCACAUCAUUUACUCCGACGACGUUGUUUGACGCUUCGAUUUAUCCCCUGAGAGAAAAGAAAUUGGUGAAGAAACCGAAAGAACAGAGGAGGAGGAAGACAAAGAAGAACGAGAUAAGAAGAUCACUGAUUUUCUCUGUUCUGAAAGUGGUUGUGUUGGCUCUGUAUUUGGAGUUAGGGUUUAGUUUGAUGCGAAAAGGGGUUUUAGAAUCUGAGUUUACAGAGGAUAUAGUGAGGAUUUCUGAUGACAGAUCUCAUUCUGGUCGUGAUGUUGGCGAGAAAGUGACGAUCUUGGAAGAUGAGUUAAUGGGUUUUGCUAAAAGUAUAAACUUUUUGAGAUGCAGAGGUUCCAAUUCCAAUUGGAGAAUCAAUCAGGAUGGUCUGAUGUUGAAGUCUAGAAGUGUCUAUAAAUCUGUAACUGAAGAGUGGUCAGAGGGGAGAUUUGGUUACUCGGUACGUGAGGCCAACAUUUCGUGGGGGAAAACUAAAUGGAGCACAUCGGUUCUGCAACUAGAUCAUAGCACAUGGGUUCUUGAGAAUAACCUUAUGAAUCCAUUAUCCAUCGAUGUUCUUCUUCCCCUCCCUCUUCUAUAUAACCUUAUGAAUCCAUUAUCCAUUCAAGCCACACUUCUCCGCUUUUCAACACAAACAGAUCAUACAAUGGCUUCCAAUCAAUGAAGGCAAAUCGUCCCUCCCCUAACGUCUAGCUUCUCCUUUAGCUCUAUAUUACUUUUAGUAACAGCAAGGUAAGUAGGAUUAGUGUUUUCUUCCCGUCCUUUAGUUGUCUGGGAUUCUAAUUUGGGAUUUGAUUCUGAAGCUAAUAGACGGAUGGAGCGGUAGAGAGGGUUAACGCCGGCGGAGUCAAGACAUGUACCAAAAUUAUUGCAGGUUGUGCACAUGACGAGAAGAGCGAAGACCGGUUCGGAGGGGAUUCUGACGUUUUUGACGUCUGUGGCGAUCAGAGUGUUUCGAAUGUUUAGCUAACAAAAAUGAGAAUUUUUAUUUCAGGUACUUGCCCCCAGAAACUUAUCGGCCAAGCAAAAAACAUAUGAUUAUCGAAGGUUAGCGACUAAUGUUCAGUUGGCGUUUAUCUUUGAUUCAUGGUCACUUUGAUUAUCCUCAUCAUGUUUGUAAUAUUAAUCAGACGGUUCUCUUUGAUUCAUCAAGAAACUUUUGAAGUUUUCUUUCAAGUAAUAUCAGUUGGAGUGCAAGGUGAGAAGAUAACAGAUUCUAUGUCGUUUCUCAUCGCGCAGUUACAAGCCAAGACGGAAUGACUGCA